CUCGCUCUCUUAUUUAAAGCAGGUGUCCUCACUCUCCUUUCGCACUGCCCACACGGCCCAGAGGCCCCGGCUCCCCUUCCUGCGCCCGUCCGGGCAAGGGCUGCGCCAUGCCCAGCCUGGAGCCGCGAGGCUGCCGGCUGCUCGCUCCCCCAGCCACUGGGGUCCAGCCCCCGCGCUCAGACUGCUCUCCACCGCGCGCGAUCCCCGCGCUGCCGCGCAGCUCGGCAGGCCCAGGCGCACCCCGCGCGCCCGCACGCCUGGAGUCCUCCUUCUCCGUCGAGGCCAUCCUGGCCAGACCCGACCCCCGCGGGCCCGCCGCCUCCCCACUGUCAGUGCACUCUGGCGCUGCCGCGGGCCUCUGGACCGCUCCCCCGAGGCCUCCCGUCCGGAUCCUGCCCGGCGCGUGCCCGGGGACCGGGCCGUCCGCCUACCUGAGCGCGGGGCUCGACCUGCCGUGUCCCCCGCACCCUGGGCUGCGGCUGCGCGCGGCCCACUUCUGCGGCCUCCAGGGCCUCGGCGUCACAGGACUGGAGCUGGCUCACUGCCUAGGUCUCUGGGGUCCCCGAAACUGGACCCCAGUUCAGGACCUUCAGGACACUGAGAGAUCUCAAAAGCGGGUUCGGACCAUGUUUAACUUGGAGCAGCUGGAAGAGUUGGAAAAAGUGUUUGCAAAACAGCACAAUCUGGUGGGGAAGAAGAGAGCCCAGCUGGCAGCCCAGCUCAACCUUACAGAGAACCAGGUCAGGGUCUGGUUCCAAAACCGCAGGGUCAAGUAUCAGAAGCAGCAAAGGCUGAAGGUACCAACUGCAUCUGCCAUGGCUGCCUCCCCGGACGAGCCCUCCAGCAGCUCCGAUACCAGCGUCCAGAGAGAAGACACAGAGCCAGGAAUGGAUAGCUGAGGACGGGGACAGAGGCUCAGCCCAGGCUGUCUGGGCUGGUUCUUCCUGGGGGCACCCACUGGACCUCCCUGUUUCACUUCUUAAUGAAGAGCCUUGUCAAGUCAAAGGGCAUCUUGACUCAGGAGUCUGAACUGUAAAGCAGGGGCCCCUUUUCUGUAUCAACACCUGGGAGCAGUAACAAUGAAAAUGGUCAGGGGCACAGGCUUUGGCCUUCAGCUUAUGUCCUUGACCAAGUUAUCAAA